AUGAAUUUACCGGUUCACGACAGUUACUGGGAAGGGAUCAGUUCGAGUUUCGCAGGUUUCACUGCUAUGCUUGCAACGUACCUGAAUGACCUUCGAACAAAUAGGCCUCCCCGACCCAAUGGAUCUCGACCAUUGCCGACGAAUUAUGUGUCAUCGACCCGGGGGUUAAGAAGCGAUAUGCCACCACGUGCGUCGUCAGCACUAUCUAUAAACGCGGAUUUAGAAAGCCCUCGCCUUGCAUCCGGAGAAACCUACAAUCGCUCAGCAAGCGCUCUAUCUCACCAUAGGACUAACCCAGGUCUCUCUGUCGAAAGCGAAUCAGUCGGACAAUUGGUGGACGAAGACGCACCAUCGUCAUCGUAUGAUAUAUCAAGAAGUUUCACUCCAAACCCAACCCUGGUGUCAAAGACAGGAACAUAUAGAGAACGGGAUCAGAGGUGGAUCGAAAGGGAAGAAGCUCGCUCCUUACGGCAAGCUCUGGAAGAGAUGGAUUUUCAAGAUGAGGAAAAACGAUUGCAUGCUGCGGCUCAGGACGAGGCCACACAGUUGGUGCUGAGCCACCAGACUUCCGGAUUUCCCAAGCUUAAUCCAACAGCCCCAUAUCGAAAUCCAGACCUAUAUGCCACCAACCAAUUUCGUCAGCAUCUGGAGAAGGGUGCACAUGCAAGAAGCAAGAGUCUGGGGGCUUCUGGGGAACAAAGUUCAGGUGUUAGAGGGCCGGGAACCCUUCGAUCUGCGUCAGAUAGCUCAAACGACAGCAAUACCGGUAGAGAAAGUCCUGAAUUCCAAAGACGUGGCACCCUCACAAGAUCUCAUGUUCCACCGAAAAUUGUCGAAGUUCCGGAGGAUAAUGCAACUAAUCUGGUCACCAACAGAGGGACUUUGCGGACAAAAUCUAAGGUUAAUUUUUCUCUGCCCUCUGAAGAUUCCGACUCUCAACGCACAGUUAUCGGAAGGAACACGAGGCCGCGAACAACGAGAAUUGCCAGCAAUGAUUCAGCUAAGGGCAUUUUCCGAAAUCCAGAAGAUCUUAUAUACGAGGAGCCGCAGGAUGACAGUUCCGAAAACCAGGGUCAAAACACGCAACCUGAAGUAUCUAGCUCAUCUUUAAAAAUCAAGACUCGAAAUUCGUUGCCUCUCGGUGCUCGACCAUUCCCAGGAAGAUCCAAUAUAGUUUCUUCUCAAAAGAAGUUCUGUCCUUUCGACAUUCAUAAGAAUCCUCCAUCCCAGUCGAGGAAUCCUCUCUACAGAGAGAACCCCUCACCUUCACCACCUCCCGUCUGUAGCAAAGACGCUGACGACGCCCCUCCAACUAAAAAUGGUAUAGAAAUACGUGGCAACGACAUUCGUGCGGCCACAAGUAUGCGACUGAAGGAUCGCAGCGCUAAAUUACCCAUGCCAACGGUUGUUAGUGAUCGUCCUGGUCGCCCAAUUGUGAGCUUUGAUCCAUGUUGGAGAGAUAAAUCACGGAGAAAUUCGCCUAGAGACACGCCACGGAGCAGUCUUGGAGGAAGAUCUACGCGAGAACCCGCUGUGGUGGACGUUACCCCUCCAGCAUCCACUACCGUGAUACCAACCAUUAAUGUUCCCGAAGAGCCUGCAUUUCCGGUUACUGAAGACUCUGGAGAUGCUUCAGCCGCAGGAACCAUUUCAGCAUCCACACCCCCAACAAUAUCUGAGAUGAAGGCUGCUGAGAAAAGCACCCGACCACUACCCAGCCCGGACUCAAGCCAAAAUAAAAAGCGUGGCGUCAGAAAUUCGAGAGGUUCAACAACAAAUCGUUGGUAUACUCCUUAUGCACGAGCGGGCGUUCCAGCCGCCUCGUGUGACUCGUGCAGACUACCCAUAGCUGGACGUAUAGUAACAGCGUGUGGAUCGCGCUUCCACCCCGAAUGUUUAUCAUGCCACCAUUGCCAAACCGCACUUGAGUGCGUCGCCUUUUACCAGGAACCCGAAGACAAAAGAGCGGAAAGACUCGCGAACGCGGACUCUAGCGAUGAAGAAGCCAGUGGCAAACGAUUUUACUGUCACCUAGAUUUCCACGAGCUUUUCAGCCCGCGGUGCAAAAGCUGCAAGACACCAAUUGAAGGCGAAGUCGUCAUCGCAUGCGGGGCGGAAUGGCAUGUUGGCCACUUUUUCUGCGCCGAAUGUGGCGAUCCAUUCACCUCGACCACCCCCUUUGUGGAGAAAGCUGGGUACGCCUGGUGCAUUAGUUGCCAUUCUAAACGGACUGCGUCCCGCUGUCAGGGAUGUAAGCUCUCAGUGCUCGAUGAUGUUGUGGUUACUGCUCUGGGUGGCCAGUGGCAUGAGAAGUGUUUUGUGUGCAGUGAGUGCAGUGGUAGCUUUGGGCCUGAAGGGCGCUUUUUCGUUAGGCAGGGGGAAACAAAAUAUACCAGGAAAGGUCGUCAGAUUGGUGGACCUGUCGAGACUGCUGUUUGCGAGGCUUGUGAGGGACGAAGGUUGAAGGGUUAA